AUGCCAAGUUUGAACUGUUUCCGUCCUUUACCCCUAUCUCCUUGCCUCGCAUCUUCCACUACCACCAGCAAUUCAACAUCACUUGAUACCCAUCAACUACUUCAUGGCCAGUUGCCCAAUGUUCCAAGUUCCCAAAAUGGCUAUAUCGCAUUGCGGGAUACAUGCUCGGGCCAUAUCGAAAUCGCCUCGUUCACGCCGGUCCAAAUAACAUUGGGCUGGUGCCUGAAGAAACAGCCUGACCUCCCAUCGGUAGAGACUCUGUUGACUUCCAUCAAACCGCCUUGUCAUGCUGUCCAAUUGAGUGUCUCCCUUGGCUGGAGUCCCAUUGCUUCGGACCACGGGAGCAGCCGCGCUAAGGGAAGACGAGUUGCGGGAAACGCGCAGACUCUUUUUGAGAAGAAUUGA